ACGCGAAAGAGUUUAUCUCGAGUUUCUUUUUAGUAUUUGUCGGGCUAACGGAAUCCGAUUAAUUGAUUAUAAUGAAUAGAUAAUGAUAUCUCAACUUCCGUCAUACGACGACGAGCUUCUGAAUAGCGCCUAUGCAAACAUCAGUUUGAUCGCCGACGAGGCUUGGGCUUUUGACCCUGAAGAUUCUUUCCGAAAGUUAAAUCAUUCGCUUUGGAUUCAAAGUUGCGAAGUAAUUGCAAAGUACAAGGAAAAUAGUGAUUAUAGUCCAAAACUGGUCCGAGACGUCAUUUCCGAAUCGCGUUUAGCAAAGUACGGUAAUUAUGAGUACAACGAGCAACACGAAAAUAUGUACAAACCGGACGACGAUAAAUUGUCCGGUAGCAGGCUCUGCCACUUCCAUUCGGGCGCAGAAGCUACGGAACCCUGGAUGCUGUCUGAAGUUCAAAAACACUUCGCCCGGUUAAUCUCACCAAGCUGCACGCGAUUGUAUCGGGAACCCUCAGCAAUAUCAAUACUGAAGUGUAACAGCUUGAAGAAGGAAAGCGAGAGCGCGAACGUUUGUACGAACUUUCAAUCGGAUUUGAACGAGAGCGGGAAAAAACAGAAUGAAAACUUCAACCCGAAAGAGAACCGCAAAUUCGAACUACACAGCAAAUCGGUCUCGACUCAUAGUUCACACGAAGAUGGACCGCGCGAGAAAUCAGGAAAAUCAGUCGCCUAUCAUCGUCGAUACGUCGUCGAGACUAUCGCGGAGAUCAAGCUGCAAUCUCGCAUCGAGAGCGUGCGUGACAUAUGGAAUCCCGAGAAGUUCCAUCAACAACGCCAGAACCAGCAGUCGCGUGUCAAUCGGACGCAGACGUGGCCUCACGCCGCUCAUCAGAAUCAGCAACUCUACUGCACGUUGCAGUAUCAGCCUUUGAUUCUGAGAUCGGAGUAUCAGAGUAAAUCGUUGCAGUCGCCGCAGCCAACGACGCCCGUUUUGAGCGCCGAAGUGCCGGAAUUCUUUCCCAAGUCAAACCCGCCGCCGAUAGUUUACGGAUUGAACGGCGAAAAAGAGCGCAGGGCUUGCCAAAUACGUUACUUCCCAUUGCUAAAUGACAGAAAUUACCAGAACGAGUUGUUCCCUUACAGCAGACUGCAGCACGAGACCGCCACAACGACCGUUUUUCCGGUCGGACCUUCUAAUGCCAGAAUGUCCAUCUUACCAGCGGCAAACGUGUUCCGUUCGUCGCAGGAAUGGAUUCACAGAGUCACGUCAUCGCCGAUGCAGUUGCAGUUGGCGGCCACCUCCUCGCCAACCUUGCAGAUCUGCACGUCGCUACAGCCGGUUCACGACGCCGCGGCGGUCCCGGCUUAUCGUCCUCUGCAGAUAUACGAGAAAUGUUUAUCCUACACUCAACCGAAUCCGAUGACGCCCAUACCCGUGUAUCAGCGACCGAUGGAACUGUAUCAGGAACCGGUGCCGAAGCGAAAGAGUCACGGAGUUGACUUCAACAAUCUCAUAUUACUAACGAAGAACAAGACACGACGUAAUGUUCAUUCGAAGAGCAUCAACGUUCAACAACCCUGUUUACUCAAGUCCAAGCAAAAUUUGAGAACUUCUUCCGGUCACAAUGUGCAAGUGCGCUUGCUCAACAAGGAUCACCGCGCGACAAAAACAAAAGAAAUUGUGGCUGUAAACGCGCUGAUGUCCGAAUUACAUAAUUUCGAAGAGAAAUACGAGCGCGGCAGAGGCGCCAGUUGGAAAACCGUUUCCAAUUCGUUUCAAAGUCAGCAGAGGCCGUUGGAAACUUUGAGAUCGGAGAAGGACGGAAUAUUCGGAAGUAAAAGUUCAAGAUACAAAAUCUUGAACGCCGAGGAAAAAAACAAGAGAACAAGGCGGCCGCUUUACAGAGAUGUUGUGGCGAACACCUCAAGUGAAGAAGUAGUUUCGGAUAACGUCUUUGAAAAGAGAUAUGACGAGCUCGAGCAGCAAGCGAUAGAACAAUAUAGAAACUCGGAGGAGUCGCUGGCGCUCAAAUAUCAGGAAUUGGAACGUCAAGCGAUGGAACAAUAUGGAAAUAGCAACACAGCAGAUGAGAAGCAUUCGACAUCUUCAGACGAACAAUAUUGUUUCGAUGGACAACAAUGUUCGGGAUAUGGACAAUGUAGUCCGUCGAGAAAACGAACAAAGUGGAAAGGUUCUUGUUUUCCACAAAUUGCUCUCUUAAAGCCGAAAGGUAAAUCUUUGCCGAAUGUAUUUCACGGAUCAUCGUACGACGACAGUAAUCAGCAUUCAGCCAUUGUUUCGAGAAGUUUGUCCGCAUUAAAUGACAGAUCCUUAAAGGAAUCGAAAAACAUAUGUAAGGGUGCAUCAGGAGAUAAAAUCGACACAAGUGUUCAAACUUUGUCAAAGCGGCAUCUGAUACUGAUGUCACCCUUUGAGCGCCGAUCAGAUGCCAGACGAAUGAUGAAAGCGACAGAUCUGCGAGAAAUUUGUUCGAUCUCUCGAGCGAAAAAAAACGUUUUGGAUUAUUACCGUGAUUCUGAAAUUGUUCAAAAUGGAAGCGGCGACGAAAAUAUAACAAUCCUACAAUCACCCAACACAGAAGGUAGACGUGAUAUCUUCAUCUUUUUCCUAUCUUUUCUUCCCUCUCCCUUCAUUUCCUAAUUCUUUCUUAAAUCAAUUAUGUUUCAUAAAUUAUUUUGUAUUGCAAGCAAAAACAAAAACAAAUACUAUUUUUGUAGUCUGGUUGUCCGGAUUUUGGACUACUUGAUUGAACGAAUUUUCUUGAGAAAAACGAAGUGUUUGAGAAUUGGGCUCGACAAAGUUUCAAGAUCGAGAAGUAAAAUCAUGUUUCUCUUGAUUCUGCAAUACAAUAAUUGAUAAUAAAACAUAUAAUUGUUUUUUAACCCUUUGCACUCGAGGCCUUUUUCGCUCGCACGAUUUCCAGCAACUCGAGACGAUUUCGGCUAUAUUAGAGAAGCAUUUUAACAGGUACUUUAAAAUCAUUUAUACUCAAACAAACGUAUACAAAUAAUAAAAUUUCACUAAUUUAUUUAUUUUUAUAUAUUGAAUAUAACAAAAGUAGACGCCGCUCGAGUAGACGCUUCAAAUCCGGGCCGGGCGCCGCUCGAGUGCAAAGGGUUAAUAUUAUAGGAAUAUUAUAGAAAUAUGUGAAAUAUACGAAGAGAGGAAUGUUAUAUAUAAUAUACACGUUAUGCGUUCACAUGAGAUACACAUAGUUUUUUUUAUAUACAAUCGACACAAAACGUUACACAAUCUUUGUAUU